GCUGGUGGGGGCCACGGGAAGCCCCUAGCAAUGCCCUGUGUCCCACUUAGUGAAGACUCAGAACCCCGAGUGAGGACUGCACCAGUGGACAGAACAGCCCGGUACCAGGAUGAAGGCACUCAGGGCUAUCCUCCUGAUCUUGCUACUAAGUGGACAGCCAGGGAGCAAGUGGGCACAAGAAGAAGACGGUGACGUGAACUUGGGGCCAAAGAGAGACGAUUUCGAUGACGAUGAUGACGAUGAUAAUGAUGAUGAUGAUGAUGAUGAUGAUGAUGAUGAUGAUGAUGAAGAGGAGGAAGAAGAGGAGACCAACAUGAUCCCUGGAAGCAGGGACAGAGUGCCCCUCCAGUGCUACUUCUGCCAGGUGCUAGGCUUUGGGGAAAGCUGCAACCAGACCCAGAAGUGCUCCCACAGCCAGCCUUUCUGCACCACGCUCAUCUCCCAUACCAACACUGACAAAGGUCUCCUGAUUACCUACUCCGUGUGGUGUACUGAUACCUGCCAACCCCUCGCCAGGACUUUGCAAGACACCCACAUCACCCAGACAUGUUGCCAGUCCUCCUUCUGCAAUACCCUACCCUGGGAACAGCCCCAAGUCUACAGUCCUCCGGGUGGCCGGGCAGAUGGUCCCCUGGAUGGGGGGAGCAGACACCCUCAAGGCGGCAGUUCAAGCAGCCCUCUGGAUGGGGAGGCCAGACAUCCUCAAGGCAGCAGUUCAAGCAGCCCUCUGGAUGACGGGGCCAGACAUCCUCAAGGCGGCAAGAUUGGCCACCCCCAGGUCGUCAAGGCUGCCCACCCUCGGAAUGAUGGGGCUAGCUUACCCAAGGGUGGCAAGGCUAAUGGGCCCCAGGGCAGUGGGGCAGGGUGCCUUCCAGGCUGGACCAAAUUUGGUAAUACAGCCCUCCUGCUCAGCUUCCUCACCAGUCUAUGGGUAUCAGGGGCCUGAAGAUCUGUCCCCCUCCUACCAGGAGCCCCUGGCCUCCCCUUCCCCACAACCAGCUUCAGAGAAUAAACUUGAAUGUUGUUUUUUUUUUUUUCAAUCUAGCCAGUUGCCGCUCCUCUGGCAAUUCUCUGCCCUCAGUUUCACCCUCAGGUCUUCUUGCUCUCUUCUCUCCAUGGGCAGCAACAUAGGUAACGUGGCCACCUCAGAUCCAGGUGUCUGUUGCCUGUGCUGUGGGGGCUGUUCGGCCUACGGGGGAUCCCAUCUGCCUAGCUGUGCAGAGGUGAUGAUGAGCCUGUAAGGUCCCUUCUCAUCCUGAAUGUGAC